AUGAACCUAUUGCAACUUUUCGCUUCUUCCCAUCUCAUGUGGUUAGUUCGGUCUGCCACCUAUGCAAGCAUAUGCCCUCGGACACCAUUGCAAGCACAACUCUCCGAUUUUUCGGGGCGUGAUGCUUUUCCGCUGAAUCUAGGAGCUGCCUACAAACCAACGAUAGGAGGUGGCCAGCAGCCUCUUGACUGGAAAUGGCAAGGUCCGCAUACCUGCAUUGGCAAAUACUGCGUGUGGUCGAGCGAAACAUCAUCCGGAGAUGGCCUGUCCAUCAUAACCACGAGUGCAAACAGUAUGCUUGUGCAAAAUAUGACUACAUCAAUGGGCAGCACUUUCACAUCUCCUGCUUUACGUACCGUGCAAAUUGCCAACAAGGGCGUUGGCAUGAUUGCUGUUGAACCUAUACGACGAGGAGAACGAAUACUUGCUGCAGAACCAGUGGUCUUGGUGCACAGAAGUCUCAUAGACGAGCUCACCGAUGCUAGCCAACAUGACCUAUUGGAGAUGGCCAUGAAGCAUUUGCCUGAAGCAAAGAGACGGCAGUUCAUGGCCCAAGCAGGCGAAUUUGGUGGCCACAGAAUCAAGGACAUUAUGUUUACCAACUCCUUCCAGAUCAAUCUGGGUGGCCAUGAUGGUCAGCAUUUUGGAAAUUUCCCCGUGGUCUCACGUUUUAAUCAUGACUGCAGACCAAAUGUCGCAUUCUAUAUAGACGGGAACCUCACUCAUCACACACACGCGAUACGGGACAUUGAGCCGGGCGAGGAACUCACAAUAUCUUAUUUGGACUCGUUUAGAGCAAGAGAUGUUCGACAGCAGCGAGCUCAUGCAUCAUGGGGCUUUGCUUGUACCUGUUCGCAGUGCAGUCUGUCGAAAGAUGAAGCUGACAUAUCCGACGCGAGGUUAUAUUCGAUUUACAAAGAGGAAAAUCUACUUGCCGACCUAGGCAACAGCCAGGUCACGCCAACAAUGAUUGAGCAUCUCAUUGAGCUCUAUGAGCAGGAAAGACUGGACUUUAAGAUUGCAGAUGUAUAUACGCUUGCAGCGCUGAACUACAAUAUUCUUGGCAUGGCUGAAAUGGCUCAAAAGUAUGCGCAACUUUCCAUAGAACAAGGGGUAAUGGAACAUGGCCCUGAGGCGCCCGACAUUGAAGCCAUGCGACUUCUCUUGGCAAACCCCCGAGGACAUUGGACCUACAACCGGAGAGUAUAA